AUGGUUGAAAUUCGAAUUGCCCACACCUCGUCCACUGUCGAUGCAGCCAAGCCUCUACAGCAGCACCACGGGCUCUCUCAGUCCAAGUCCGCGGCCGCGCAAGGGCCCCCCUUGGGGGCCCCCCUGCAUCCCCAGGAGGCGCUGUUUCCGCGGCCGUUGGCUUGCUGCGCCAUCUCCGCGGGUCCGGCCGCUGCUGCUGCUGCGGAGCGGCCGCGCAGCAGCUGCAGCAGCAGCUGCAGCAGCAGCGCAGAGCGUUUCGUGAGCAGCAGCAGCAGCAUAGAGACGGAGGGCCUGUGCGUGGGUCUGCGCAGCGUGGCGAUUGAGCCGAAGUGCAGCAGCAGCCCGCCGCAGCGCGGGGAGCAGCAGCAGCAGCAGCUUGCAGGAGCAGCGGCUCGCGCCGCCGCCGCGGGCCGCGCAGCUGAGGGGCCCCCCGGGGGCCCCCCGAGCCCCAAAGACAGCCAGGGGGGCCCCCGAGAAGUGGCUUUUGGAUUUUUAACUUUUCUUUUCUGCGGAGUGGCCUCCCUGGUGUGCUGGCAGUCGCUGCUGGGGAUGCUGCCGUACAUCGAGCAGCACGCCUACGGGGGGGCCCCCUACGGCAACAGCGUCUUAGGCAUAUACCAAGUGGGGUGCAUUGCUGUUCAAUUAAUUUUCAUUUUCUUUAUUGAUGCCAUGAAGCCCUCUUUGGUGGUUUCUGCCGUUCUCUGCGACGCCACGCUCGCCGCGCUGCUGCCCCUCGUCCUGACCAGGUGUACGUACACCCCAAGCCUCCUGCUCUUCCACGCAGUCGCUCUCCUCUUCGGCGUCUGCGCUGGGAUCGUCUCCGGGGGAUCCAUUGCCCUCGCCUCUUCCCUCCCCUUUGGCUUUAUUGGCUCCUUCUCCAUGGGUCAGGGUGUGUGCGGCAUCGUCGCCUUCAUAGUUAACUUGGUGGCCUCGCGCUACCUCUUCGACUUGGCCACUUAUCAAGGAGCCGUGCACAUGUUCUGGUUGGUAUUUGGGGCAAGUGCAGCGGUGUCUCUGGUGUCAGCUGUGCUGCUGCUGGUGUCACUGCAGCAGCCGUGGGCUCGCGGAGGGCUGCAGCGUUACUGGGUAGCGAAGCGCGCGCGCGCAGCAGCAGCAGCAGCAGCAGCUGCAGCAGCAGCAGCAGAGGAAGAGCAGGAGGGCUCCCGGACGCGUUGUGGCGUGUGGUCGCUGUCGUGCGCGUGCUCUGCAACAGCAGCAGCUGCUCCGCAGCCGCAGCAGCAGCAAAGCGCGUGGCAGCGUUUCCUGCGGCGGUGGAGAGGAACCCACGCAGCAGCAGCAGAAGCAGCAGCAGCAGUGAGAGCAGCAGGAGACGCGCGGACGCAGGAGCUGGUGGUGAUCCGCAAGGGCGCGGGGAGCAGCAGCUGCAGCCUGACGAGCCCGCGCAGCAGGAGCAGCAGCUUCUGGCGGCUGCAGCCGGAAGGCGCCGAGACGGAAGGCGCCCCCGCAGCAGCAGCAGCAGCAGCAGCGGGGGAGAUCGACGAGAGCACGCUGCCCUCGCGCGGCUGGCGACACAUUGCUGCUGCCAGCUGGCCGUAUUUGUUCAGUGUGUUCUUCACGCUGGCUGUGAGCAUGCACUUGUACCCGCGGGUGGGGCCAAUUGGCUGGAGCAGCAGCAGCAAAAGUGCAGCAAAUGAACAAUAUAUAAUACUAUUUGGAGUGUUUUGCAUGGGGGACUUCGUGGGAAAGGCGCUGCCGGACCUGUCGAGGCACCCGAAGCUUCGCUGGCUGCGGCUCUCCCGCCGCGCGCUGCUGCUGCUGGUGCUGCUGCGGCCGCUGCUCGGAAUCUUCUUUGUUCUCGGCACCGUCUUCGUGGAACAUCCCUUUUUUAAUUCUUUUGCUCUUUACUUUUUCCUAAUUGCUGCUCUCGCGGUCACCAACGGCUGCUGCGCCACCACUGCCAUUGCAGGCGCCUGUGCUGCUGUCCCAAGAUUCGAGGAAAAGGAAAUCGUCGGGCCUGCUGCAGUGCUGCUGCUGCUCCUGGGCAUUGCCUGUGGGGUCUACUCUGCCUACAUCUACUGA